AUGCUUGCGUCAAAUGGAACAGCGGAAACUAUUGGAUAUUUUGUUUUGCUUUUGCGAGAACGUAGCCCACUUAUCAUCCCUCACUGGUUGAUGACCGACCGUGACCUGGCACAGAUAAAUGCCCUCAGGCAUUACUUUCCUACAUCAACAAUUCUUCUUUGCUGGUGGCACGUUCUCCACACGUGGCAACAACAUCUUGUUAUUUCUCAGAACAUCGAACUGUGGGAUAAACUUAAGGCCUGGGUUCGGAUUGAGUGUCUCAAGAACUUUGAAGCCGCUUGGGUCGAUAUUCAAAGGCUGUCGCCCAGAGCCUUUCACAACUACCUUGUCCAAUACUGGAUGACUGACGAAUUUAGAGCUAUGUGGUCUGCAGUUAAUUGCAAGGAUCGCGCAAUCUUUGAGCGCAGUGAUACAAAUAUGCUCUUGGAAGCUUGGCAUCAUGUUCUUAAAUGGAAAUUUCUCGAAGGUUGUAGAAAUCGCCGUGUUGACCAUUUGCUGUACAUCCUCCUUUGUAAGGUCAUCGAAUAUUAUUCGGUCAAGCAAAAUCGUGAAUCUGUCGGCUUCGAAGGUCCUAAUCUUGAAACCCACAAAUGCAAAACCAUUCUUCAGCACAGUGAAGCUAUUCCCAUCAGCGAUGUUCACGAGUCAGACCCUGGCCAUUAUCGUGUGAAGUCUUCUUCUAUUGCUGAUCACAUCUACGACAUCAACAUUAUCCCGUACAACUGCACAUGUCGAGACUUCCCUGAGAUCCGCUUCUGCAAGCAUAUCGCCGCUGUCCAGAGACAUUUCCCUUUCUCUGAUACUGUGGCUCAUUCUGAACUUGACGCGCUGUCUCUCUCCCUUGAACCAUCAGAGACCCCUCCUUCGAGCUCACCUGCUCUCGAGGAUUUGGUGCAUAUCCCACCUGGCUCGAACGAGGUCAUCAGUGCCACAGACACUAGGGCCGACGCAGAUAAAGAACUCAACCGCUUAUGUGUUAUCGAGAAGUUGGAAAUGCUCGCAGCCUGCUUGCGCUGCAAAGGAUCGGACAUUGUUCAUGAUGACAACCUUGAAGAACUACUUGACAGCAAGCUCUCGCUGGUCCAACAUGGUGUCCACAUUCUCCCACCUGCCAAAUGUCUCUCUCCUCACCUGAAUUCCUGGCCAGAGACUCAGUCAACAAUGUUACACUCACGGUUACCUGCAAAGAAGACUCAGAAAAAACAUGUUGGAGAUGCUUAUGGGGCAGGAGAUCAGAGCGGGAAGAAGGCAAAGAGGGAUUCUGAAGUUGAGGGUUCCAAGAAAACGACCUUUCUUCAAUGCCUACCUAGCCAGACUACGGCGCCAGCGGCUGUUAAAUCGCCUGUGCUGCCCACUGCUGUGUCAUUACAGCCUCUGACAACGCCGGCGCACUUCUACUAUCACCAAGGCUCUGUUCUACCUGCCUCUGGCCCAUCCCAACCGCCGCUUGUGACAAUUUCUCCACCUUUCUGCCCUGCGCCUCCACAGCAGGGCUCCUAUUAUCAUGAUACGGCCUCCAUACCUACCACUGGUCCAGCAGAAUUGACACUGAUGCUCUCGCCGCCUGUCUUGCAGCUGUCGUGCUCUUAUUAUCGUGAGGGUACAUAUUACAGAUGA